AUGGUUUGUCACACCUUGGCAGCCCUGGGCAUCCUAGCCGCUAUCGAAUCCCAAACUUAUGGUGAGGUUGAUCCGUUCCUCACCUCCAGCUCGCCCGUGUACCGCGAGAACUACAAGCAGCGCGACAUCAACACCUCAUUCCUCACCACUCCCCUCAAGAUCGACUACACUGACACUUUUGUGGAUCAACAAGACUGCAAGACGUACUCGCAACUGAUUGUCACCGAUAUCAAGAAUCCGUACAUCAUCGGCACUCAGAUUACCUACGACAACACUGGUAGCGCAGGGCUCAAAGCCAAGAUCAUAGACGUGGUUAUCUCACGUUCUUCGACCGAGCCGCAGUUCAAUGCCACCAAGACACUCGCAUAUGUUGGUGCAGAGGAUUGGUCCGUGAUUGUUACGGCCAAGCAAGAUAGCCGGGACGUGCUCAAGACCGUGGCCAACUCGUACCUCGAUCUAUGGAGCAGCAACGGUAGUUUUGAACUCCCCUGGGGUACCCCGUGCGCCCGGCUGUAUGAAAGUGUGUACUACACCGAGGAGUGCCAACCUGUGAGCUUGAAUGGAGACAGAUACAGAUAA